AUGGCACCAAAAUCAGAGCGCACCGGCCUCGCCGUCGGUCUCAACAAGGGCCACAAAACCGAGGCACGCGUUGUCAAACCCAGAGUCAGCAGGACCAAGGGUCACUUGAGCAAGAAGACUGCGUUUGUUAGGGAGAUUGUCAAGGAGGUUUCUGGACUUGCACCAUACGAGCGUCGUGUUAUCGAACUCCUCCGAAACAGCAAGGACAAGCGUGCGCGUAAGCUGGCAAAGAAGAGGCUCGGUACUUUCGGUCGUGCGAAGGCGAAGGUCGAUGAGUUGCAGCGUGUCAUUGCUGAAUCGAGGAGAGCUGGUCACUAAGCAUCUUGCAAUCGUCUCAAUACCUACGGUUUUCGCAUGGAUGGCAUGGAGUUGUAUGAAUGAAUCAAAGGCAUACUUCAUGGAAGAUAUCUCGGGAAAGCUUGGCUUCGUUUUGAUAGCUAGCACUACAAGCAAGGGAUUCUAGAAGCAAUGAGCGAAUUCUACAACACGAAAUUUGGUAAUAUGUCUGAA